AUGGGCAUGAAUCCAUCGCGGUUCGAGGGAUUUGCGAUCAAAAAAACUGCCUCCUUGGUUGUCGCGGCGCGGAAGACGUCAGAAGCCAAGAAGCAAAGCUGCGGGCGCAAAAGCGACACCGCCUCGGACCCGCCGAUUGAUGCUCUCAUCAACACCGACCCACCUGCUCGAACUCCCCUCCAUCUGCAAACCACUCUGGUUUGUUCUCUGCAGAUAAUCACAAACCCUUCGCCCAUCAUGGCCCAAGACCCCCGUGCUCUCCUUCAAAAAGCCGAUAAAGCGCUCUCCGGCGCCUCGGGUGGCUUCAGCUGGUUUGGUGGACGCUCGGAGAAGUACGAGAAUGCCGCCGAUUUGUAUACCCAGGCUGCAAAUGCCUUUCGAGUACAGAAGAUGAGUGAGGCACCCGACGCCACCACCCUCGCUGGCUUACAUGACAAGGAAGCCGGUCAAGCCUUUGAGAAAGCAGCCUCCGUUCAAACCAAAAGCCUCAACGAGCCCGACGACGCCGCCAACACUCUCCAGGAAGCCUUCAAGGUCUACCGCAAGUCGGACCCGGAGGAUGCGGCCCGUGUGCUGACCAGUGCCAUCAACCAUUAUGUACUACGCGGAAAUCUCCGCCGCGCGGCGACGCAGCAGCAGUACCUGGCAGAGCUGUAUGAGGUCGAACUCGGUGAUAUGAAGAAGGCCCUGGAGGCAUACGAGAAGGCGGCGGAGUGGUUCGAGGGCGACAAUGCCGAGGCCCUUGCGAAUAAGCACUUCCUCAAAGUGGCCGACCUGGCUGCCCUGGAAGCGGACUAUUACAAGUCUAUCACCCACUACGAGCGCAUUGCCCGUCAGGCUAUCACUAACAACCUCAUGAGGUGGUCAGUGAAAGACUACUUCUUAAAGGGCGGAAUUUGUCAUCUUGCCACAAAGGACCUGGUUGAGACGGGCCGAGCCCUUGAAACCUACCGCGACAUCGAUCCUUCCUUCACUUCGACUCGGGAGCACCAACUCCUGGUUGACUUGCUCCAGGCUGUGGAAUCUGGUGACCAAGAAGGGUUUGCCGACAAGCUCUUCCAGUUCGACCAGCUCAGCAAGCUGGAUAAGUGGAAGACCACCCUUCUGCUGCGGAUCAAGAACAGUAUCGAAGAGGCGGAGGAGGACUUUUCGUAG